UCAUUCUGGAGUAACCUGCCCCGGUCUGCGUCAACAGCCGCUCCGCCGUGUCCGUUUGUUUGUUUGUCGGGUUGGUUCGGCUGCUGGUUCGGCUGCUUUGCACAUAAAGGCCCGGUGUGAGUGUGUUUGCUGAGUCACUGGUUCACCUGUAAACUGUCCCGGUUUUCACUUCCUGUUUGUCUGAUGAGCGUCUGACUGACUGCAAAGCCUCCAUCCAUCCUCCCAGCCUCUACAUCUACAGCUGCACUAUGAGUGUAUGAUGUCUGAGAGCAGCUGCUAUGGCCUGCAGCAGCGGUCAGAGCAAUGCCGAAACUCUGGAGGGGUUCCACGAGGUGAACUUGGCCUCGCCCACCACACCUGACCUUCAGAACCAAGCGGAGCAGCGCCCCCCUGCCCGUCACAGCACACCGCCCACCUCUCUCUACCGCACCCACUCUCUAGGAGCCCCCCCUCCUGGCCUCCCCACCUCCCUGAGGGCUGACCAGCUCCCCACCCAGCCGGUUUACUCCACACCGCGGCACAGCCACAAUGGAAGCGUGCCAGGCCUGGAGGCGGAGUCCGCCGAGGGCAACUUCCUGUCCGGAGAGGACGGGGAGGAGUGCAGCGCUCUGAGCGACAGCCUGUCGCGGCUGCGCAGCCCGUCGGUGAUGGAGGUCCGAGAGAAAGGAUACGAGAGGCUGAAGGAGGAGCUGGCCAAGGCCCAGAGGGAGCUGCUGUUGAAGGAUGAGGAGUGUGAGAGGUUGUCUAAAGUCAGAGAUCAGCUCGGCCAGGAGCUGGAGGAGCUCACCGCCAGUCUCUUCCAGGAAGCUCACAAAAUGGUCAGAGAAGCCAACGUCAAACAGGCAUAUGCUGAGAAACAACUGAAAGAAGCUCUGGGCAAGAUCGACGUGCUGCAGGCGGAGGUCCAGGCCCUGAAGACGCUGGUGCUCUCCUCCCCCACCUCCCCCGUGGGCGAACUCCCCUCUGCAGGAGGAGGCGUGAAGACUCCCUUCAGGAAGGGCCACAGCCGGAACAAGAGCACCUCCUCCGCCAUCCUGGGGACGCAGCCCGACCCGUCGGCCACGCAGCCCAUCGUACGGGAGUGUAGAGAGGUGGACAGUCAGCUGUUCAGCGAGUUCAGGGCGUGGAAGGAGGAGCCCACGCUCGACCGGAGCUGCUGCUUCCUGGAGAGAGUUUACCGCGAGGACAUUUACCCCUGCCUCACCUUCAGCAAGAGCGAGCUGGGUUCAGCCAUCUUGGAAGCCGUGGAGCAGAACACGCUCAGUGUGGAGCCGGUCGGUUUCCAGCCGCUGCCCGUGGUCAAAGCCUCGGCGGUGGAGUGUGGAGGACCAAAUGGACGAAGGGCCGAGCUCGUCACAAAAUGUGCCCUCAGCGGUCAGACCAAAACCUGUAAGCACAGAAUCAAGUUUGGAGAUUCGUCCAACUAUUACUAUGUGUCUCCCUACUGUAGAUACAGAAUCACAGCAGUGUGUAAUUUCUUCACCUACAUUCGCUACAUCCACCAAGGGCUAGUCAAACAGCAGGACGCGGAGCAGAUGUUCUGGGAGGUGAUGCAGCUCCGCAGGGAAAUGUCCUUCGCCAAGCUCGGCUACUACAAAGACCAGCUGUGACGGACGUACUGACAGCCUCGCCCUCCAAUCAACAGCAGACUCUGUCCUGAAGCGCCGCCCCCUCCUCCCCCACCUGGUUUUGGCUUUCAUCCUUUCAUCCGGUCAUUUCAGGAAACCCCUCCCUCUCUCCUCCUCCUCCUCCUUCUUCCCCUCGUGUGAGUGUGUUUUUGUGCGUGAGAGAAAAUAACUGUUGUUUUCAAUCAUCAAAAAAACAAACAAAAAAACAAACAAAAAAAAAAUAGGCUGUGACGUCCGUUGUUGUUACUGAUCUGGAGUUUUGGUGAGUUUCUGCUCAGUUUCAUUCCAAUGUGUUAUUUCCUUUUAUUGAAACAUGUAACACUCCAUUAUUUAAAGACAAGUGGCAUCGAAAGAAGGGUUGAAACUGACAUGUUAGUAUUUAAACCCGCAUGAGGAGCUUGGACUGCUCAAAAAUAAAAAACAAUCAUUAAAUCAGAUUGUAACAAGUCGCUGAAAUUCUUCAAUUAAAGAUAAUUUCCUAGACGCAUUAAGGAGAAUUAGAGCCAGUGUGUGUGUGGGGGCAGUGGAGGGAGGGAGGAAGUGAAAUUAAGUUUUUUUUUCCCAAAGUUUAAGAAUGCAAAGAUAAUCAGAAGAGAAGUACAAACAUUCAGACUGGAUUUAUUUUCUGUAAACGUCCCGUCAACAUUGUAAAACUUGUCUCUUUGUGCAGGAAGAAGAAGUUUUUAUUGAUAAUUUCUUUAGAGUUAAUGAAGUUAUUUUGUUGUUUCGGGUGUUAAAGCUUCAGGAAAGUUGGGUUAAAGGAAAAAAAGAAAAACACUAUGUGAUGUUUUCUCAUCUUUAGAUACUGACAAACAA